AUGGACGGCUUACCUAGGGAUCUCGUGGACAAGAUUCUCUUCAGGGUAGACCACAGAUCUCUGGCGAUGAUGCGUUGCACAAAUAGAUCUCUCCAAACGCAUAUAAACGACCCCUAUUUUCAAUCUGAAUACUCUUCUCGGGUCGGAUACGAUUUGUUGCAUAUCUCUAGUUAUGGCUCAAGUUAUGUCUCUUUCAACCGUAACGGAUAUUGUAGGUCACUCAAAAUCAAAGAUACUGUAAGGGAGAGCCAUAUCUUGGGAUCUUGCUCUGGCCUUCUUCUACUCGUCAUUGAUAAUAUUCUAUGCGUCUUGAAUCCACUUACCAAGAAGUUUCGAUUCUUUGAUCAGUCUAGGCUCAUGUGUUUCACUGGGGUAUCUAGCCGUGAAAGGAAAAGGAACAUCGGGUUCGUGGUUAAUCAAGUUGAUCGAACCACCCAGAGUUUCAAAGUCGUCCACAUGGUCGAUACGGGAAGAACGUAUAUGUUUGAGAUCAACGGUGGAAACUCAUGGAGAAGUUUGGAAACGACGCUUACUUGCCACUCAAGUCUAAUGCAAACCCCUGUUUACUUGGAAGGGUCUCUUCACUGGUUGAGAAACGACGGUAGCAUUGUGGCUUUCAAUCUCGAAACGGAGCAAGCACGGCUAAUCCCGGUCAAAGUCCCCCUGAAACUGAGUUUAAAAACGCUCUUUGCUGCUGGAGAUAAUAGCAUAACUUUGAUAUCGGCAACGGAUGAAGUAAUUUACUUUUAUUCCCUUGAGAAUAUCCUCAGUGAUAGUCCCAAGUGGGUCCUCGUGAAGCAGAUCCUGAACGGAGUGAUGGACAAAGAGAAUAUUUAUUAUUGGACCGUUGCGGCUUACAGCGGCAAGUGUUUAGUGUUGAGUGAGUGUAGCGAAGAUUACAACCGAGGGGUUCAUGUGUACCACUUGAGUGCUGACGAGUGGGUAGCCAUGGGUUCGAUUCCUGGAUGGUGCGAUGCAAAUCAAGAUUUUUUUCAGUUUACACGGUCUGUUUCUUCUGUAGUGGGACUCGAUGAGAUAUUGGAUUGUGGUGAUCGACGCAUCUCCGCUCUAAGCUCGAUUAUGGCACUGAUUGAUGGAAGCUCACCAGAAGAAGUUGAAAAUCAACUUAAGAAAAUAUCGGCCAACAAGAAAAGAAGAGUAGUUUAUAAAAAACUCGUAGCAUAG